AGGGGAAAAGCGGAACGAGGAAAUGCAGUAAGAUCUUAUGACCCGCAGUGAUCACCGCCUGACUUUCCAGCAACAACGAACAACAUGGCGUCUUCAUUGACUCUCCCAGGCGUUUUCGCGGUGCUGUGUUUCUUCUUUCUGAGUGUCCUGCAGCCUGUAGAGGCUUAUGACGGCGGGGACGCCGUGGCUCUGCUCUUGGGGAUGGCCGUCACAGUGGUCGGUUUCUGCGCUUGCCUCGGCUGGUACUCACGGAGACGCAGCGGACAGUUUUGAUACGACAUGUAGGCCUGUGGUCCGGAAAUGUCGCUUCUCGCCUCCUGAAACCCCGAAACGCCGCGCCUGCUGGUCGCUCUUUCCUGAUCGUAUGGCGGUUUAAAAAGACUCUUGACACUGUAGUGGAAGGAGAAAGGGACUCGAUUCGAGGUUCCGAGUUGCAAAAGAGGGAAGUUGUGUUACAACACCAAACUGGAGAGACAGUAUGCUGGUUAAAAGUCAACAUGCCCUUCCAGUGGACACACCGGGAUCAUGGCAUUCAAGCACAUCUGUACGACAUCUGGACUUUCCUAUACUUUGUUGUACGAUGACGUCCGUCAUUACACGACUGCACUCUCUUCUUUUCUUCAUCCUGCUAUACACAGAAGUCUGUCAUUCCACUGUUCCCUGAAACAUGUGCCCUGUAGUCAUUCUUCAGGUUUUUAAGCACUGAAAGUCGUGUUGCCCCUGCUUUUUUGCACUUACAAUUUGUGGUCUUAAUAUAGUGAACUAUACUUGAAAGAUCAUUGCUUCUCGCAUAUGCUUAUUUUCUGUAAUAAACUCUAUGAAUGCUA